AUGAAUCACAGAUGGCGCCUGACGGACUGCAGCGUGUAUUUUAGAAAUGUUCUUUCUUCUGAGGAUAUUUCCAAACCAUUAAAGGUGUUCGAUGAAAUGUCUGGUCUAAAGAAUAUUAACCAACAAAUUAGAUGUCAGUGCAGAUUGAAGAUUUCCACAAACAUCAAACUUAUCUUAUUGUGGAUAAAGAUUUUGGGAUCCAAGAGACUGUCUGGAAGAAGACCCAGAGAAUCCCCUUUCUUCCACGUAUUCCGGGAUUGUGCUUUUGAUAAAGCUGCUCACUUAAACAAAGGCAUACACAAAAUCUACUCUUGCGACGCAACCACUGUUUCCAGUUAA